AUGUCCUUCCAAGGCUUGAUUUCUGGCUCAGAAUGCGGCGCAUCCUCAAACCCCCUUUCCCAGAUGCUAAAGCAUACUGAAGGAGAUCGCAGUCUGACCCAGGAUCGCAUUGCAGGCCCUUCGUCUUCGAGAUUGCAUCAACUUCCGACGUCCGCCAACGCAGGCCCAGUCAACGAACACGAUGCGGCCUUGGCCAGGCAAUUCUUCGAAUCUCAAGGACAGGAACAUGUCUUCAGUCCAGGGUUUAUGGCCACGCAUGCACCGGACCUCUCGCGAUUUGAGAUGGAAGCUAGACCGGAACUCAGGGAAGCGUGGGCGAAAGAGCAGAGUUUGCGUGGUCUUGAUGCUCCUUCUGCAGCGGCUGGGUGGGCUAACGAAUUUUCGAGUGCCCCUGCAAUGAAUGCAUCGGCCCAGCAAGCUGUUGUGAGCCGCCCAGAAAUGGCGCAACAACGAUCUUUCAUGCCGGGGUACAAUACCUACGGUGGGUCGAUGGGCAUGGCUCCUGGAAUGUACGGAAUGGGAAUGGGGAUGCAAUAUGGCAUGAACCCCUCUGUCCAAACAACCUUCCAAGACAAGGGCAAGGGAAAGAGCAGAGAAGAGGACUUUGAGGCUGCCUUUGCUAAGGCUGCAGCAUCGUUCACCCCAGCGGAGAAGACGGAAGACGAAACCGUCGCAGAAUUGGAGGAUGCGAUGAAGCAAGCUACCCUUGAAUCGAAAGAAGGAGAGUCAGACUUUAAAAAAGUUUGGGAUGAGAUGCAAAACUCUGAUAUCGCACCCCCAGAGGAAGAUCUGGCUAAAUGGGAGUCAGAAUUUGCGCAAUUAAUGAACGCCCAGAGGGAAGAACUCGACUACGGUGCAUCGAUGCAAGAAGCUUGGGAGAGCGGCAUUGGUGACUUCCAGCAGGGAGCCAGCAGCGACAAGGCGCUGCAGUUCGAUCCAGAGGGCGUCCCUAUUCUCGGCGAAUACACAUUUGAGCAAAACAAUCCUUUCCUCGAAUCCCCUUCCCGGUCAUUACUGAGUGACGCCAAGGCCCUUUUGGAGCAGAACGGCUCGCUGUCCGAGGCAGCUUUGAUGAUCGAAGCUGCCAUCCAGAAGGGAGAGCUUGGUGAAGGAGGAUACGAGGCAUGGAUCCUCCUUGGCGAGACGCGGAACAUGGACGAAAGGGAGGAAGCUGGAAUGAAAGCACUAAUGGAAGGUGUGAAGAGAGCCGAAGCUGCCGGUGCAGCUGGAGAAGGAAUGCUGUCGCUGGCCAUUUCCUUCACCAACGAAUCGUAUGACAGAGGCUCGCACGCAAUGUUGCUGCGCUGGAUCAGGGCUCGUCACCCCGAACUCCCCAUUCCAGAAGAAACCAUCAAAGCGAUGACCACCAAUUCUGCCUGGGACACCCACGGGCGUAUCACCGACGUCUUCCUCAGCCUUGCACGGUUGCAAAACAGCCAAGGCGUGUUAGAUCCCGACGUCCAGAUCGGCCUGGGUGUACUGUUCUACAACAACAGCGACUACGAUCGAGCCAAGGAUUGCUUCGAAGCUGCCUUGAGUGUCAGGCCAAAGGAUUAUCUCCUUUGGAACCGGUUGGGAUCGUCGUUGUCGAAUGGAAACAAGCCCGAGGAGGCUCUUGGUGCUUACCGAGAGGCCUUGCAACUUCGCCCGACGUAUACCAGGGCGAUUUAUAACGUUGGUGUGGCUUGCUUGAAUAUCGGAGCUGAUAAGGAAGCCGCCGAGCAUUUCCUUACGGCUUUGAACUUGCAAGACUCGACCAGCAACGAUACGAGUGAUCAAUUGUGGUUCACCCUUCGCAGGGCAUUGCUUUCGAUGGGACGAACCGACCUCGCGGACGCAGCGAAGCCUGAGGCGAAGACGAACCUAGAUGUUUUCCGGAAAGCAGGAUUCGAUUUCUAG